GGAGGAGUCGACCGACAAGAGGCGGCUGGAGAGAUCGGAGCUCUGCAGGCUGAGCACAACCUGAGCGUGGAGCGGAACGCGAAGGCCUCUCAGGUCCAGGUAACAAGCGCCCACCUGAUGGUGGACCGCGACUGUCUUUCACGAUGAUGAGCGCCAUCCUCUCGGCUUUCCUUGUGCUUCAGAUGUCCGCAGUAGUCCAGAGGGCAGCCUCGCUGGUGUGACCCCGGAGUCCCGGACCCCGACCCCGAGCCCGGCACGUGCCUGUCCCAAGACUUGGAGAUGCUCCUGAAUGACUCGGACUCGGAGAGCAUCCUAUCGGACGACUCUGUGUUCCCCGACUGUGAGCGGAGUGAGCUGUACUCAGACCCGCCCGCCACUCUGUACGAGGCCUGCGCCAGGAACGACCCGGACGCCGUGAGCAGGAUGCUGGAGAGAGGCGUCACCAGAGAGGAGGCCAUGGAGCUGGACGUCAACGGCCGAAACGGAUUCAUGCUGGCGGUCAGCAGAGGCUUCGUGGACGUGGUGACCCGGCUGCACGCGUGUCCACACCUGGACAUCAAUCACCAGGACAAGGACGGAAACACAGCGCUGAUGAUCGCAGCUCAGGCAGGCUUCGUCACCAUCCUCAACUACACACUCAACUACUACUCUGGAGUGGACACCGAGGUCCGGGACCCGCGAGGCUUCACCGCCCUGAUCAAGGCGGGCCUGCAGGGUCGGGAGGACUGUGUGGCGGCUCUCCUCAUGCACGGUGCCGACAUGAACGCGAUGGACCUGGUCCAGAGGAGAGGCCUGAAGGAGUGGGUCGUAAGAACCGGAAGAUUCGAGACCCUCAACAGAAUUCGGCAGCUGCAGGCCCGUCCCGUGGCCGAGCAGUUCUGUGACACCUAUGUUCCGGAGUGGCCUGAGCUCACGCAUCUGACCGCGAAGGCCACCAUGCCCAGAACGACCAGCCAAAAGCUGCGGCAACGUUUAAAAGACAGCCUGACCUUCAGGUUCCCCCAUGACCCUGAAACCAACGGCGUCAUGGACCACAUGGUUCGGAUGACCACGGGCUUCCACAGCCCGCUGAUCGCCACCGGCUGUCGCCCGCUGUGUCCCAGCAGCCCCCCGGCGCUCGGCAGGCGGCGCCUCGCCGUUCCUGAACUCGUGGAAAAACACAGCAGGAAGGAGCUGGAGCACAGCCUUGUGUCCCACACCGCCGACAGCUCCUUCACCUCUGCCUCUCCCACGUCCAUGUCGUCCACCUCGGCGUCCCUGACCUCCUGCUGCCAGGAGCCGGAGCGCCAGGAGAGCGCGGCGCUGCCACGCUUCAUGCCCCGCAGCAUGACUCACCGGAAUAGCAUCUUCCCCUCUGGUUGUAUCCCCAAAAUAGAAGUGACUAAAUCAGGGGAGCCCACGCCAAAGAAGGAGAAGAAGAAGAAACGAGACACGGGGUACCUGGAGCCCCCCGUCUGGAAGUACAAGGAGGCCAAGGAGAAGAAGAAGAAGGAGAAGGAGAAAGAGCUGGACAAGGAGACCAACAGGUCCAAACGCCCACAGAGCCAGAAAUGAAAGUCACUGUGAGUCAGACUCAAGCAGGCAGGCAGGCGCCCGGGGCGGUGAUGUCAUCACCAGCGCAGGCGCGAGCGACCGUCGCUCAGACGCCGGUCCAGCAGGGGGUGCAAUCUGUUCUCCACAGCUGAGAGAGAAGCUCCUGAAGAACGCAGCCACGCAGCUGCAGAACCUGGGAGCCUGGAUCGCUGCUGACUCAGAAUGCUGUGCGGCUCUCAGGCAGGUGGCGCUCAUGAGACCACAUUAUCCAUCAAGACUGAAGCUCCACUCGCUGGGGCUGAGGUCAGAGCGUCUUAAGGGAACUAUAAAUACUCGCUCCGGAGCAAUGAGGAAGCGCAACUCUUCCCCAACUGUAAUCUUUUAAUCCAAUGGACACUCUCCGUCAGAUAAGUCCGAGUGUCAUCUUCAUCAUCGUCAUCUUCAUCACGAGGACAGCGCACUCUCCUCGUCGAUGUGUUUUCGAGUGGACUCGUCAUGACUCGUGUCAUGCUGGGCAGUCACUUCCUGUUCGCUUGAGGAACUUGAGGUCAUUUCGUGCUGUCAGCAGGUUUGACAGUCAAACUGCCAUUCUGAUGGGAAGGUGGUGAAGAAAGGGCUGCCGCCAUGAGAGCACAAGUUGCUGUGAGAAACAGCUGGCCAGUUCUCCGGUUCUGGGAAGAGAGCCUCCCUCUGAGAUAAGUGGAGGGAGGAGGGCGAAGGUGUGAGGACAGAGGAGAGAGGCUGCAGCUGUGCUGUCAGCGUCUGAGCGCCGGCUCCAUCUCCACUCUGUGGCUGUGGACAGUGUCAAUAAAUCUGUACAGGGUCCCACA